AUGUCGAGCGCAUGCAUCAUCUGCCACAAGAGAAAGGUGAGAUGCGAUUUCGCGACCCACAACCCUUGCACCAACUGCACCAAGUCCGAUGUGGAGUGCAGACCAUAUACACGCAAGCGCAAGAGGUUCACCAAUAGCCUGUCGCCAGGGCGCGUACUCAACAGUGACUCAGUGAGUCGGCGCAGUUCGCAACUUCCCGCCGAUGCGCCCGUUGAAGGCGGAGUUGAACAGCCGGGGCUAUCGUCCUUUGGCGACAAUGCAAUUCCUGUAGGCAAUAAUGGCGAGCCCACCGCUCUCCCUGCAAGCAAUGGUGAGCCAUUUAUCAAAGAGGAAAGCUACCGCGGUCGGAGCGAGUACUUGGGCGGCAGUGUGCCUUUUGAUGAAAAUAUGGUGAAGCCGGGCCACGAGACAACGUACACCAGCCCAAAGGCAUCAGCCGCAGAUCUCCAGAUGUUACGCGAGCAAGGCGCAUUUGAAUUACCGCCUCUAUCGGUCCAGAAAGAGUUGAUGCUUAGCUUUAACAAGUACUGCGCGCCGUGGACGCCGGUGGUUGACCCUAAAUGGCUGGAACAGACUACGCCGCCAUCGAUGCUGCUUCUCCAGUCGAUUUUCCUGGCCGGAAGUAGGGUGUCCAAGGCACACUUGGAUUACGGGUCAAGUGAGGUCUUCUAUCGGCGUGCGAAACUAUUGUUCUUCUUUGGCGGCCGCAAUAAUUCACUGAUUUCAAUCGUGGCUGCUUGUCUAUUGCACUGGUAUAAUCCGGUCGGACCCGAGGAUGUCUCGACAGACACGAGUGGGUUCUGGAUUCGAACGGCUGGGGCAAUGGCUUUCCAGAUUGGACUACAUAAGGAACCUCCACCCAAUGCGAAGGACCGUGGUCUUCGCCGACGGUUAUGGUGGUCUCUAGUGGUUCGGGAUAAUGUCAUAUCUGUCGGGGUGGGUAGACCACGCACGAUCAACCUCAAAGAUAGUGACGUCCUUCCUCCAUCCAUGAACGACUUUCCUGUGAAGGAUUUCCAGGCGCAGCUCUUUCUGGCAUACUGUACGAUUUCCUGCCACCUGGGAGAUACCGUGGAGUGCUACUUAAGACGAGAGAUCUCCCGACAACGUCGAGUUGAUCUUGAAAAUGCUAUAUAUAGAUGGGCCAAACAGGUUAUCCCAAAGCUUCGCUCAUCAGCUACACUCCAAGAAGACGCUAUAACCUCACAUUUGGAAGUCCAACAACUCUCGGUCAUGUACUUUGUAGUACUGACUAUGCUGCACCGCUCACCUACACCGAAUAGCGUGCCACCUGCAGCGUCGCUGGUCGCGUCAUCGUUCAUUGCAGGAAUCUAUGAAGAAUUUCUCCUUCGCGACGAGCUUCGUUAUCUAGGACCUGUGUUUGCAUUCUAUCCCCUUUGCAGCGGGUUGUCCCUACUGUCAAGUUGGCGAUAUUCCCAAUUGCAAAGCACGGCCGAGCAUGAAUUGACGGUCAUCAAGCUCUCUCUUCAAAAGUUAUCCGAGAGGUGGCUCUCUGCGGUCGGACCGCUCCGAGCUCUCAACAAAUUGACCGAGAAAGUCCGAGAACAAGGCCCCUUAGACGGUCCACCACCAAAGCUUGACUUCGACACGGCUUCUUUCUUCGACGGGUUCGAUGUUAAAUUGUGCAAGCAGUGGCGCUUGAUUGGGCAGUCUGCCGAGCCUGCAACUCCCUUGCCGGUAACUACAGCUACAUGUACACUGGCCGAGGUUCAAGAUUCGGAUGAGGUGGUUCAACCCUUCAGUACUCAGCCGGACGAGGCGGCAGAUGAUUUCGGCUUCCCGGCUCUUGAUACCAGUUUGGAGCCUUUCACUAGUAAUUGGGAAGGGUCAGGGUUUGAUUGGAGUGGCUCCUGGCUGCUCAACUUAUAA